AUGCCAUCAAUCAGCAAGACAAAAAGCGGCGAGCGCUAUCGAGCGCCCACCGAUCAGGCUCGAAAACAGGAACGAAAAAAGGAGAACAAGCGGAACAAGAAGGAUCGGCAGCAGAUACGGCAGGCGAUGGCCAAAUUUUGCAAUCUAGACGAGACCACAUCGAAGCUGUUGGCUCUGGAACGGCAGAUUUUGGGCCUCGACCCGCAGCCGUUUCAUAUUGACGUGUUGCGAAAAAAACAAAAAGUCCUACAGGAUUCUAUCAAUAAGCGGAGGCUGACACUGCAGCAGGGCAAGGAGGAGGGCGAAUUGAAGAAGUUCAACGAUAAAAUGACCGCCUAUCAGAAUGACUGCGCGAAAUUGGCGAUUUUGGCUCACCAAGAACGGUUGGCGCGCGAAGCGGACCCCGAUAUGAUUCCAUUGCCGAUGGGAGAAGCGUCGAUGAUGCCCGCCGGACCGGGACACGCCCCAUAUAUGGCUCCGCCUCCUGUCAAACGAAAAGUCGAAUUCCAACUUCCACCUCGUGCGGCACGUGCCAGUCAGAAGCCACCGGGACCACCGUGUGGGCUGGCGCCCACUUUCAGUGAUAGCGAAGAUGAUAACGACGAUGGAGAGGAUCAGUAUGAUGAUGGCGAUUUGGCGCCGGUUCCGAUUCCUGAAUUCGACACACCGUACGCGCCGCCGAUGCACCGAAAUUACGGCGGACCACCAUCAUCCUAUCACAAUCAACACAUGCCACCACCGCAACGUAUGCCCAAUUAUCAUCCUCAUUCUCAUUACAAUCCAAUGGGCUUCCAACAACAUUCCCAUCAUCCACACCAUCAAGAAUCCGCAAUUAUCAGCUCCGCCCCUCAAAUCAAUAAUCGCAAGGAUGGCGCGCCAGCGACGCUCUCCGCAGCCCCGGAGCUUCGUAAUUUGAGGCGGGAGACUGUGAAGCUGGUGCCAGCUCAAUUGCUCAGACGGCCCGGAGACAAUCGGAGUAGUACUGUAGUUCAGCACCAGGUGCCGAUUGUCACGAAGAAGCGACCGGAAGCGCAGAAGCAGGCGAAGAAUACGGACGAGGCGUAUAACGAUUUUAUGAAGGAGCUGGAUGGACUUAUUUGA